UUACAACAAUCGUCCGAUUAUCUACUUUGCUGGGAAAACGGGAACAACCAAAACAAUCGGAUCUUCAAGACGGACAAUAUGAUAAAGUUAAACCGUGCAGGAGUCAAGUCACCAUCCUCAAUUGGUUGCAUCCUGUUCCAAGAUGUCCUGCUGACGGGAAUUACCCGAGUGCGGUCCUUGUGCAAGGACAUGCUAGGGGAGAAUUCGUUCAAGUUGGGAACAACCGAUCAGAUCAUUUACUUGUCACAAUGAAACAUGCGUACCUCUUUUCCACCACCAAUCCACACAAUGCUUGA